ACGAUUUUCGUUCACUCCGCGGAGGCCACCAAGAUUAGUACACUGUGAAAACGACUGAUCGGAAUACACUUUCGUGUGCAAGAGCGGUAUAGAACGACGUCGGAGCAAGUUAAGAGAAGGAGGAAGAAGAUGAUGACGACGAAGCAGAAGAGCUUUGCUCGAAGGAGAGAGCUUGCCAGAAAUAACUAAUAAGACAUUCACUCUGAGACGGGCGGCCAUCCGGCCCGGACGAAACGCGCUGAAACAGCGCUGGAUUUUGGUGGCCGAAGAGUGCAAUAUCUUGGGGCCCUAUAGAGAGGGCCCCCAACCCGAGAGUUACCGCCGCGAGGCGGGCACACUAGCUAGGGAGCAUGGAGCAAUUCGAGCAAUUGCUGACGUGCGCGAUAUGUCUCGAUCGCUACAGGAAUCCGAAACUUCUACCAUGCCAGCACAGCUUCUGUAUGGAGCCGUGCAUGGACGGCCUUGUCGACUACGUACGUCGACAGGUCAAGUGUCCAGAAUGCCGCGCCGAACAUCGUAUACCCUAUCAGGGCGUACAGGCGUUUCCAACAAACGUAACGUUGCAACGAUUUUUGGAGCUGCACAUCGAAAUAACCGGAGAACUACCGGAUCCGACGAGCGGCCAAACGAUGGAACGUUGCGGCGUGUGUUCGGAAAAAAGUUAUUGCUCGCUAUGUGUGCACUGCGAGAAAAAAUGCUGUCCCGAGUGCAAAGACGCUCAUAUGGACAUACUCAGGCGCGAAAUCGCUCGCAUAAAUUCGCAGAUACGUCGGGGUCUCCAUCGGCUGCAAGAUGCUCUCGCUCUCGUGGAGAAAAACACCCUCGGUUUACAAACGAAUUGUGCUUCGGUCGCUGAGGAAGUUGAUGAGAUCUAUCGAAGAUUGAGCAAAGCACUAAAAGAUCGUACGGAACAUUUGCGUAACGAGAUCGAGCGUUAUUCCGGAAGCGAGAUACGGGGACUUCUCCAACUCAAGGAGAAUCUCGAGCUCGAGAUAGCAAACAUUCAGAGUAAUUGCGACCUCGCUGAUGCUCACAUAAACGAGAAUGUGGCGUGGGACGAUGCGGAACUGCUCGAUACGAAGGAGCUCUUUCUCCGUACGGUCGAAUUCAUCAGAAACUUCGAAUACGAGGCCGGAGACUACGGUCGUCGUGUGCGUUUCGUAAUGGCACACGAACCCAAUCAGCUGGUACUUCACGUCGCGGGGUACGGUGAACUCAACAUCAAGCCCGAAACCGGAAGUGUCGGACACUUAGGAACGACCGGUGGAUUGGCACCACCCAGUGGUUCCCCCGGUCUGAUGAGGAGCAAGAGUGAUCAUCGUCUAGCAUCCCAAUAUCGCCAACAAGAGGAAGAACGUUUGGCCAGAAAUCGAUACGUCCCCGAUUACGAAUACGAUGUACCUGAAUACGAGACACCACGGAACAAAUCGAGAUACCGGAGCCGUUUCAUGCGCCAUCGCGACGGUGAAGAAUCGGACGGUGACACGAGAUCGACGGUGAAGUUUAGCUCCGCACCUGCCGAGAGCGCCCAGCGAGAAAAAGUCCUGGACACGGAAGACGCUGCCCGCGGUCCACUUUCCGGUAUAUUCAGGCUCACCGACUCUCCCAGAGUCAUGAAGAAGCUCCAGGAGUGCGAAAGGGCCGGAAAACGGAAGAAAGAGGAACCUGCGGCUCCCCAGCCACCGGCACCAAAGCCACAGAUCCAAGUGAGAAAGGCGCCAACGGCUACGGCGAAACAACCUACCGAAGACGACGAAAUUUCCAGGAUCAAAAAGCAGAACAAAAGUGCUUCGGUUGCCCAAACUACCGAAACGGUCGAAGAACGUCAGCCCGUUCCAACUACCCCCGUGCACACUCCACCUCCUCCUCGUGAACAAGAACGAGAAAUCGAGGAGUCUCCGAGAAGAACACCUAUAGGAAGGAGAACAUCGGAAGUGCACAAUCCAGCGGCGAGAAGCGCGUCGUCGGAUUCGAGCACCGGCUCCGAGAGCUCUACCGGUUCCGGCAUUCGUAGCACCGGCGCACCCUUCACCGCUGAAGAGAUGAAACAGAAGUACCUUUCAAGAGCACCACCGACUACCACCACGAACACCGUCUCGUCCGGACCGGGAAUCACUACGCCGACGAGUCGCGAUAGCGUUACCACGCCUACCAGCAGCCCCAGACCCUUCCAGAGCCGUUUUUUAGGCGGAGGUAAUCGCGCAGCCCCUCCACCUCCAGUUGCGGCAGUGCGCGAAGAACCAGCAAAGAAAAAGGAGGAGGAAGAAGACGACGACGACGAGGAAACGACGAGUUCGUCCGAGGAAACGGAGUCCGAGACGGAGGAGGAAUCGGAAGCGGAGACUCACGCGUCUACACCAACAACGACAUUGCCAGCGUCGCAGGAGCGUCAGAGAAAUGAAUCGGCAAUGGCGAGGACGGACAUUGGUCCGCUGCUUGCCCGAAGCGCCGAAGCUCGACGUGGAAGCAAAGAGGACUCACCUUCGACCCGAUAUACGUCACCGAGAGGAAGUCCAGCGCACUCGGUAUCAUCGCCAACAAGUACAACAGCAUCAUCAGCGCCAGGCGGCUAUACCAGCAGGAUGGUUAAAGACGAUAACGAUCAUCGUAACGACGAUGACGAUGAUGAUGACGUUGCGAUGGUAUCCUCAUCGUCAUCGUCGUCCUCCUCCUCGUCCUCGUCGUCGUCGUCGUCGUCAUCGUCGUCGUCGUCCUCGUUGUCGUCUUCGGCUCUCACCGAUAAAAUAAUAAUCGAUGAUAGCGCUAAAGCGUUAUCAGCGAAACGCGAUGACUCGGGAUUUAUCGAAGUAUCAUCGAGCAGGCUCGAUAAGUCGAUUAACGAAGACGACGAGUCCAUUUCUUACGAUAGUGACUCCGAGAGCGAGGAAACAGUUAGAGAAAUUGACAUUCUUACGAACGAUCAUAAAAAAUCCAAAUUCACAUUAAAUGACCAAACGACCGAUAAAAACGUUGAAAAAACCAAUAACAAUAACAUCAAUCAGGCCAAUAAAAAUCGUAAUAUCAAUACUAAUAACAACAAUAAUAAUAACAAUAUAAAUAAUAACAACAAUAUUGGUAACAAUGAGAACGAUAAAAUCGAAGCUGACGUUGAAAAUCUUGAGCGUUCGCCAAUGAAAUUCGAAAAAAUCGAUACUAACGGCAACGGCCGAAAAUUCGAGACAACUGUCAACAAGGAAACGAGCUUCAAUCGGAAGAGAAUCGGUUCUAACGGCGAGUCCUCCAGCCUGGGUAACUACCGAGACGAUGACAAGCUAAUGAGCAAUUUUUUAACGCGUUUAGUUCGCGAUUAUAAUCUUACGAAAGAAGAAAAUGCUUUGUUGUCGAAAGAUUCUGGAUUUUCGAGCGACGACGCAAGUUCCAAUGAGAAUCGAAAGUCUCGAGUGCUUCCGGAAGAGAGUGUUGAAAAUGCAACGAAAUCAGCGGAUGAUCCCGUCACUUCCGGCCAACGGAGGAAGGAUUAUCUCAGGGAUUCCAGUCGGUUGGAAGCUGGAAAAGAAGUUUCGGAAAAUCAGGCGAUUGACGACGAAGCGAACGAGUUAAUUUUCGCCGGGCGAAUCAACCAUGACGAUGACGUCACAGGAGAAUUUAAAACUUCCGAAAAUUUGAAAGAUCCUUCGGGAAUGAGCAACGAGGAGAAUGCGGCCGAGACGAAUUCCCGAACGAACGAGCAGGAUCCGGAAAAUUCGACGAUGGAAUCUCGCGGGAAUUUGUUUGUCGAUCGAUCGAUGAAUUACGGGGAUGAAAACGUGGAGGAAAAAGACACGAAAACGAGGGAUAGACGAAUCUUCGUUGAGGAGAAGGUGGAAAAUUUAUUCGACGACAAUGGCUGGGUCGUGAGUGACGAAGAAUCGCAGAUUCAGGAAAAUUCCACGUCACAUAUCUCCCUUCAAGAUUCAAGAGACGAAGAAACAGAGCAGACCAUACGAGAGAUCGAAAAGACUGAUUUUGGUAGAAAAAAUUCAGAGAAUUUGGAAAAAAAGAACGAAAAUGAGAAGCCAUCGCUGAGGGAAGAAGGAGGAGGAGAAGAGAAGCGGAAGAACUGGAAACUGAAAUCCGUUCACAAGGACGAGAAAAACAGUGCGAUCGGUAACAACGGAUGGUUAAUUUCGGAGGAAUCGGGUAGCGAGUCAGAGCGAACGAUGUCACCGAACGAACGAACAUUCCCGAGUGACGAGCCCAGAGACGUAUUGUCGGACGAGAAUUCUUCGAGUCUCGGUCUAUCGAGAAUAUUUUCAAGUUCCGAGGACGACGAUUCAACGAGAACAGAGCAAAAUCGUACGCCGACUGAUUCAACGAGAGUAAAUAUUCACGAGAAUAGCCGGGAGUUUAAAAAUAUUCGGAGGAGUGCGAAUGACGCCUCGAAUAUGGAGAAUGACGGGAGAGCGGAGAAUCCAACGAGCCGUAUAAGUGGAACAUUGUCGGAGAGGGAAAACGUUUUGGUUAAAAAUAGACGAGAUGGCGAGCGAGAUACGUCGCUCGGUACAAUAAAUUUCGGUUCAAUGCUCGACGACGACAACGACGACGGCAACGACAGCGACGAGGACGAGGACGAUGACGAUGACGAAAACGAAGCCACCGAUCCUCCAUCGCCGGAAAAUAAGGCUGCGAACGAUGCUACCUUCCUAACGAGAAAUAUUCCCGAGGAUAACAGAGAAACCGAGACACCCGACGGGACGAAAAUUAACGACGAGGAUCGAGACGUCCGCACAAAUUUACCAAUGAAAAUGGUAACCACCGUCCUCUGUGUGUCCGUACUGUGUUAUAGCGUUCUAACGAAUCUUUUUCUAUGACGUUACGGCUUAAAUUUACUGUCGCGUCGAUUAACCCGAAACCAACAGGGAGAAAGCAUCACUCGUGAUCGUUUCUUUCGAGUUGUCGCGACUUUUAAUAAUUCAGAAAAACAUUGGAGAAAUAAGAGCCACGGAGAACAAACAAAUAAUAUCUCAACUAAAUCAAAUGAAAGAAUUUUCAAAAAACCAAACUAUCUUUUCAAAAAUGUCAUUUUUUCAUCACUGGUUAAUGAGAAAAUGGAUUUUUUGCUCGUUCGUUGCCCGCUCCCGUUGCUUAUCAGGUCUUCGGUUACACCCGAAGUCAACGCGUUUCUCAUCGUUAAACUUUCAUCAGUCGUCGUUCGUACGAGAACAACAAAUUCACACGACAAAAACGAAGUUAUUUAUGCUGCAUUUUUUCUUAUCUAAACAUUGUGAUAAUCGAAAUACGUAUUUUGUAUUAGGAUCGAAUGGUGCAAUUCGGAUUAACCAAGAGUUGUCGCCGAUCACUCGAAGGAUAAUUCUUGAAAAAGAAGCUUCGAAAGAUUGAUUCUGCAUAUUGAUGCUUAAUAUUCGUUCCUUAAUCGGACAUUUUUUCAUUAAUUUAAUUUUGUACCGGAGCUGAUGAAUGCGAAGAAGAAAUAAAAAAUUACCGAAUUAUACCAUGAGAUCCACGUGAAUACGUCGAACGCUAAACGUUCCUACUAUGAUGUUCGCCUCGCAAUUACGUAACUGAAACGUUGCUCAAGUACGUAGCUUCUUAGUGGUAUCCUUUUUUUUCUUCUUUUUUUGUACGCGCUUAGUUCGUAGAUGAAAAAAAUUUGAGACUUUUAUAGUUUAAUAAUUGGAGCUAUUUUAUAGAGCGAGAGAACGUUUUUUUUUUGUCGUUUUAUAUAUGGAAAAAUAUGUAUAUACAAACGUAUAUAUACAUAUCUAUAUAUAAAUGUAUACAAAUAGUAUGUGUAGUUGCGUGAAAAUGCUCUUCCUGUGCAUUCUUCCCUUAAAACCCCAUGAAGCUUUUUAUAUGACCCCUUGAGCCAGAGAGCUUGUCAGAGUUGUUUUAUUGCGUAUGUAAGAGUAUCUACAGAACUGACUAAGUAAAUCAAAGUCGACAUGAGAGUAAGAAAACGAAAAAAGCUUCCAAUAGUUUUUCAGACGCGUGCAAUCAUCUGUAUUUUCCACUGUCGUUGUAUAUUAAGUUUUUGUACUUUUUUUUCUUCUCAAUAUCUCUCUCUCUCUCUCUCUUUCUCUCUGUCUCUAUAGCCUUUAGUCGUUUUUUUUCGUCUCAGUUUUGUGGAUGUGGUGAAUAAACUGCAGUCUUGUGAUAA